AUGUCUAGCAAAAUCCUGACAUGCUCAGUUCUAUCGGCGUUGGCAACUGCCUUUCUGUUGGAUUGGUACCACAAAAAAUUUGAAGUUACCACCCCUCCUACUAAAACUUCAAUUAGAAAGCCCAGAAAGUAUGACGAAAGCCUGAUUAGAGAACAGCUCGCCAGAAACUACAGCUUCCUUGGUUGCGGAGGAGUUGGUUCCAACUGUAUCAUAUCUCUCAUUCGAUCAGGAAUAUCACAUAUUAGAAUUGUUGAUUUUGACCAGGUUUCUUUGUCUUCACUGAACAGACAUGCUGUAGCUCAGUUGGAGGAUGUUGGUACCCCCAAAGUUGAAUGUUUAAAAAAGCAUAUACUUAGAAUUGCUCCUUGGGUCACCGUUGAAACUCAUAAUGAGUUGUUCGAUAUUAACAAUGCCCAGCAGUUACUUCUGGAAGGAACCCCUGACUACAUUGUCGACUGCAUAGAUAAUAUCGACACCAAAGUAGACCUUCUUUCUUUCUGCUGUGAAAGAAAUCUCAAAGUCGUGUCUUCCAUGGGAGCAGCCUGCAAGAGCGACCCCACCAGAAUCAACGUGGGAGAUAUUUCAUGUACUGAAGAAGACUCCUUAGCCCGUUCGGUAAGAAGAAGGCUUAAAAAGAGAGGAAUUCUGAAGAAAAUACCUGUUGUGUUUUCAAGUGAAAAACCAGCUCCUGGCAAGGCUUCCCUGCUGCCUUUGCCGGAUGAAGAGUACGAGAAAGGUAAAGUUGGUGAAUUGAGUGCUUUGCAGAAUUUUAGGGUGCGUAUUCUCCCCGUUUUGGGAACCAUGCCGGCCAUGUUUGGACUAGCCUUGGCUACCUAUAUUCUAUGUGACAUAGCCGACUACCCCAUGGAGCCUAUAGUAGGAAAGAGUCGAACAAAAGUUGACGGUAUCAUACAGUCGUUGGCCGGUCAACAAUCCAGGCUCGGAAACACUGAGCAAAGGAUACCCAUACCCAACACUGACAUCAUCUACAUUGUUGAAGAGAUUUUCCGGGGAAAGUCACCUAUCAGUAAUUACUCUACAAGAUUGACUCUAUCACAAUGGGACCCGGCAAAGAAGCUGUCUCUUCAGAAUAUUGUAGUCAUGACCAAAGAGGAACAGAAAUUGCAUGAACAACGAGUGCUGAAAGGCGGGGAAAAGUUGGAAUCAGUAUACCCUCCAGAGGUUAUACAGUUGGUCGAAAAACGUUUUGCAGAAGAGAAAUUUUACUCUCAGUUUAGAUGA